GGUUUGGGGGCCAGCCUCGGCUCCCCCGCCCUCCGCUUGGGGCUCGGAAAAGAAUUAAAAAUGGCCGAGAAUGUGGUGGAGCCGGGGCCGCCUUCAGCCAAGAGGCCUAAACUCUCCUCCCCGGCGCUCUCCGUGUCAGCCAGCGACGGCACAGAUUUUGGGUCUCUCUUCGACCUGGAGCAUGACUUACCAGAUGAAUUGAUCAACUCUACGGAAUUGGGACUUACCAACGGUGGUGAUAUUAGUCAGUUACAGACGAGUCUUGGCAUGGUUCAAGAUGCUGCCUCUAAACAUAAACAGCUGUCUGAGUUGCUACGGGCUGGUAGUUCCCCUAACCUAAAUAUGGGAGUUGGUGGCCCAGGCCAGGGCAUAGCCCCCCAAACUCAACAGAACAGUCCUGGAAUGGGAAUCAUAAACAGCAUGGUCAAAAGCCCCAUGGCACAGGCAGGCUUGACUUCCCCCAACAUGGGAAUGGGCACCAGUGGGCCAAACCAAGGUCCACCAGCUCAGUCGACCGCCGGUAUGAUGCCAGGGGUAAACAGUCCAGUUAAUCAGCCUGGAAUGGGAAUGAACACCGGGAUGAAUGCUGGCAUGAAUCCUGGAAUGUUAGCCGCAGGCAAUGGACAGGGGAUGUUGCAGGGUCAAGUCAUGAACGGUUCUAUUGGAGCAGGCAGGGGACGACCUAACAUGCCAUACCCAAACCCAGGAAUGGGCAACGCUGGCAACUUGCUUGCUGAGACACUACAGCAAGGGUCACCCCAGAUGGGAGGACAAGCGGGACUGAGAGGCCAGCAACCUGGAGCAAUGAACAAGAUGGGAAUGAUGAGCAACCCUAAUCCUUACGGUCCACCGUACAGUCAAAAUUCUGGUCAGCAGAUUGGACCUGGUGCCCUUGGUCCUCAGAUGCAGAAUAAGGCUGGGCUACCCAACAGCCUGCCCCAAUUUCCAAUGGACAAAAAGCCAGUUCCGGGGGCAGGAAUGACUAACAUGGGCCAACAACAGGCCCCAGUUCAGCAAGCUGGGAUGGUGCCUACAGCCCCCCAGGGAAUGGGGUCCGGGGCCCCCACAGCAGAUCCAGAGAAGCGGAAGCUCAUCCAACAGCAACUUGUUCUCCUCUUGCACGCCCACAAAUGUCAGCGGCGGGAGCAGGCAAACGGUGAAGUCCGACAGUGCAACCUUCCCCACUGCCGCACGAUGAAGAAUGUCCUCAACCAUAUGACGCACUGUCAGGCCGGCAAGUCCUGUCAGGUGGCACACUGUGCAUCGUCACGACAAAUCAUCUCUCACUGGAAGAAUUGUACAAGACAUGACUGUCCUGUCUGCCUGCCCCUCAAAAAUGCAGGAGAUAAGAGAAAUCAGCAAUCAUUAUUGAGUGGAGCUGCAGUAGGACUUGGGAAUCCUGGCUCCGUAGGCGUGGGCCAACAAACUACCCCCAGCCUCAACACGACCAGUCAGAUUGAUCCCAGUUCUAUUGAGAGGGCUUACGCAGCCCUUGGCCUAACCUAUCAAGGCAACCAGAUGCAGCCCCAAACCCAAGCUCAAGUGAAGAAUCAGCCGGCAGGGCAGUCCCCCCAGGGGAUGCGCCCCAUGAAUACCAUGAGUGCCAGUCCCAUGGGAGUAAAUGGAGGAGUGGGGGUUCAAACCCCCAGUUUGCUUUCUGAUUCAAUGUUACAUUCAGCGAUGAAUUCUCAAAACCCAAUGAUGAGCGAAAAUGCCAGUGUUGCCAACUUGGGGGCCAUGCCAACAGCAGCCCAACCGUCCAGUACUGGAAUUCGGAAACCAUGGCAUGAAGAUAUUACUCAGGACCUCCGAAAUCAUCUUGUUCAUAAACUGGUCCAAGCCAUAUUUCCUACUCCUGAUCCUGCAGCUUUGAAAGACAGGCGAAUGGAAAACCUGGUUGCGUACGCUCGGAAGGUGGAAGGUGACAUGUACGAAUCAGCAAAUAGCCGAGCGGAGUACUAUCAUCUGUUAGCCGAGAAGAUCUAUAAGAUCCAGAAGGAACUGGAGGAGAAGCGGAGGACUAGACUCCAGAAACAGAGCAUGAUGCCGAAUGCCCCAGGCAUGCCGCCCCCAGCCUCCAUGAAUCAAGGACCCAACAUGGGGCAGCCACAGCCAGGAAUUUCUGCUAAUGGUCCUCUACCUGACCCAAGUAUGAUCCGUGCCAAUGUGCCCGGCCAGAUGAUGAAUCGAAUGCCCCCACAGCCAGGGAUGAAUCAGUUUGGCCAGAUAAACAUGCAGCUGCCAUCCAUUGGCCCGCGGCAGACGCCUCCCCUUCAGCACCCUGGACAACUGAGCCAGCCCGGGGCCAUGAGCCAGCAGAUGGGAUUUGCCUCUCGGAUGCAACAGCCAGGGGCUGGACAACCUUCUGGCCAGAGCCAGUUCCUUCAGAAUCAGUUUUCCGCUUCCACUCAAGGAAUGAAUCCAUCAAGCAUGCCCAUGGCUCAGCCUAGCAAUCAGACCCCAGUGUCUCAAGCACAGAUGUCUAAUUCGUCCUGCUCCGGGAAUUCUCCUGCCAUGGCCCCAGGCUCUCAAGGGAGCCAUAUUCACUGCCCGCCUCUCCCGCAGACGGCUCUGCAUCGGAAUUCGCCCUCCCCCGUACCCAGCCGAACCCCUACCCCUCACCACACCCCUCCAGGCCUGGGGCCCCAGCAGGCACAGGCUACGGCUCCUGCGGCCCCUGCCCCAACGCCCCCAGCCAUGCCCCCCGGUUCCCAGCCCCAGCCUCUGCACCCCACUCCGAGGCAGACUCCCACUCCACCUCAGGCGCAGUUGCCUCCACAAGUUCAGCCUCCGAUUCCUGCCGCGCAGCCAGCUGAGCAGUCUCAGCAGCAACCCCUGUCACAGCAGAGCACAACGGCAUCUGUGCCCACUCCAACGGCUCCGCUCCCACCUCAGCAACCCACGACUCCGCUCUCUCAACCGGCUGUAAGUGUUGAUGGACAGGUAUCUAACCCACCCUCCUCCAGCAGUACAGAAGUGAACUCUCAGACUGCUCCGGAGCAGCAGCCCUCACAAGAAGUGAAAAUGGAGCCUAAAAUGGAAGAUGAGCAACCAGAAGCCACAGAUGCACAGUCAGAGGACAAACAGGAGGUGAAAGUGGCGUCAGUGGCAGAAGACUGUAAGCUAGAACCUAUGGAAUCUGAAGAGAAAGCAGCUGAAGGGAAGACUGAAAUAAAAGAAGAGGAAGACCAACCAAGUACUCCAGCAACCCAGUCUUCACCAGCCCCUGGACAGUCAAAGAAAAAAAUUUUCAAGCCGGAAGAAUUACGACAGGCACUUAUGCCAACACUGGAGGCACUUUAUCGUCAGGAUCCGGAAUCCCUUCCCUUCCGCCAGCCUGUGGACCCCCAGCUUCUAGGAAUUCCUGAUUAUUUUGACAUAGUAAAGAGCCCCAUGGACCUCUCCACCAUUAAGAGGAAGUUAGACACUGGCCAAUAUCAAGAGCCGUGGCAGUAUGUGGAUGAUAUCUGGCUCAUGUUCAACAAUGCCUGGCUGUAUAACCGCAAGACUUCCCGGGUGUAUAAAUACUGCUCCAAAUUGGCUGAGGUGUUUGAGCAAGAAAUCGACCCAGUAAUGCAAAGCUUGGGCUAUUGCUGUGGGAGAAAGUUGGAGUUUUCUCCCCAGACACUUUGUUGCUACGGCAAACAGUUAUGCACAAUUCCUCGAGAUGCCACUUAUUACAGUUACCAGAACAGGUAUCAUUUCUGUGAGAAGUGUUUCAAUGAAAUCCAGGGAGAGAGCGUUUCUCUGGGGGAUGAUCCAUCCCAGCCUCAAACUACAAUAAAUAAAGAACAGUUUUCCAAGAGAAAGAAUGAUACUCUGGACCCUGAACUGUUUGUUGAAUGUACUGAGUGUGGCCGAAAGAUGCAUCAGAUUUGUGUCCUCCACAAUGAGAUCAUUUGGCCAUCCGGCUUUGUUUGUGAUGGUUGUCUGAAGAAAGCGGGGCGAACUAGGAAAGAAAACAAGUUCUCUGCUAAAAGGCUACCAUCCACCAGGCUUGGCACCUUCCUGGAGAACCGAGUGAAUGACUUUCUUAGGAGGCAAAAUCACCCUGAGUCAGGAGAAGUCACUGUUCGGGUGGUUCAUGCUUCUGACAAAACUGUGGAAGUGAAACCUGGAAUGAAAGCAAGGUUUGUAGAUAGUGGAGAGAUGGCCGAGUCCUUUCCUUAUCGAACAAAAGCACUCUUUGCCUUUGAAGAGAUUGAUGGGGUUGACCUGUGCUUUUUUGGCAUGCAUGUUCAAGAGUAUGGAUCUGACUGCCCCCCGCCCAAUCAGAGGAGAGUUUACAUAUCUUACCUCGACAGUGUUCAUUUCUUCCGCCCAAAAUGCUUGAGGACUGCGGUUUAUCACGAAAUCUUAAUUGGCUACCUAGAAUAUGUCAAGAAAUUAGGAUACACAACUGGCCAUAUCUGGGCUUGCCCGCCGAGUGAAGGGGAUGACUAUAUCUUCCACUGCCAUCCUCCUGACCAGAAGAUUCCCAAGCCUAAGCGACUGCAGGAGUGGUACAAAAAGAUGUUGGAUAAGUCCGUGUCGGAACGCAUCGUCCACGACUAUAAGGAUAUCUUUAAACAAGCAACAGAAGACCGAUUAACAAGUGCAAAGGAGCUGCCUUAUUUUGAGGGGGACUUCUGGCCUAAUGUGCUAGAGGAGAGCAUCAAAGAACUGGAGCAAGAGGAAGAAGAGAGAAAGCGAGAAGAAAACACUAGCAAUGAGAGCACAGAUGUGACCAAGGGAGACAGCAAAAAUGCCAAAAAGAAAAAUAAUAAGAAGACGAGCAAAAAUAAAAGCAGUCUGAGUCGUGGCAGUAAGAAGAAGCCAGGCAUGCCCAACGUCUCCAAUGAUCUCUCCCAAAAGCUGUAUGCCACCAUGGAGAAGCACAAGGAGGUCUUCUUUGUGAUCCGCCUCAUCGCCGGCCCCGCCGCCAACUCUCUGCCACCCAUCGUGGAGCCCGACCCGCUCAUCCCCUGUGACCUGAUGGACGGUCGCGACGCCUUCCUCACCCUCGCCAGGGACAAGCACCUGGAGUUCUCGUCCCUGCGCCGGGCUCAGUGGUCCACCAUGUGCAUGCUGGUCGAGCUGCAUACGCAGAGCCAGGAUCGCUUCGUCUACACCUGCAAUGAAUGCAAGCAUCACGUGGAGACCAGAUGGCACUGCACGGUCUGCGAGGACUACGACCUGUGCAUCACCUGCUAUAACACUAAGAAACACGAUCACAAGAUGGAGAAACUGGGCCUCGGGCUGGACGACGAAAGCAACAACCAGCAGGCCGCCGCCACCCAGAGCCCCGGAGACUCGCGCCGCUUGAGCAUCCAGCGUUGCAUCCAGUCCCUGGUCCACGCCUGCCAGUGCCGCAACGCCAACUGCUCGCUGCCGUCCUGCCAGAAGAUGAAGAAGGUGGUCCUGCACACCAAGUGCUGCAAGCGCAAGACCAACGGCGGCUGCCCCAUCUGCAAGCAGCUCAUCGCCCUCUGCUGCUACCACGCCAAGCACUGCCAGGAGAACAAGUGCCCGGUGCCCUUCUGCCUCAACAUCAAGCACAAGCUCCGGCAGCAGCAGCUGCAGCACCGCCUGCAGCAGGCCCAGAUGCUCCGGAGGCGGAUGGCCAGCAUGCAGCGGACCGGCGUGGUGGGCCAGCAGCAGGGCCUGCCGUCCCCGACGCCGGCCACCCCCACGACCCCCACGGGCCAGCAGCCUCCGACCCCGCAGACGCCGCAGCCCCAACCUCCCGCCCAGCCCGUCUCCCAGCCCCCGCCGGCUCCUCCCAACAGCAUGCCGCCCUACAGCCUCCCCAGAACUCAGCCCCCCGGCGUCGUCUCCCAGGGCAAGGCGGGUGGCCAGGUGACCCCUCCCACCCCGCCGCAGGUGGCCCAGCCGCCGGUCCAGGGCCCCCCCCCGGCGGCGGUGGAGAUGGCCAUGCAGAUCCAGCGGGCGGCCGAGACGCAGCGCCAGAUGGCCCAGGUGCAGAUUUUCCAGAGGCCGAUCCAGCACCAGAUGCCCCAGAUGCCCCAGAUGGGCCCCAUGGGCAUGAACCCGCCCCCGAUGGCCCGCGGGCCCGGCGGCCACCUGGAUCAAGGGCUGGGGCCGGCGGGCAUGCAGCAGCACCCGCCCUGGGCCCAGGGCGGGCUGGCCCAGCCGCAGCCGCUGCAGCCGGGCAUGCAGCGCUCGUCGAUGAUGUCGGUGCCCCAGCCGGGGCAGCCCAUGAACGUGGCUCCCCAGCAGGGGAUGGGCCAGGUGCCCGGCGUGGCCCAGCCCAAGCAAGGCUCCUUGCCCCAGGCGGCCUUGCAGAACCUCUUGCGGACUCUCAGGUCUCCCAGCUCGCCCAUGCAGCAGCAACAGGUGCUCAACAUCCUCCACUCCAACCCCCAGCUGCUGGCGGCCUUCAUCAAGCAGCGAGCCGCCAAGUACGCCGGGGCCCAGACCCCCCAGGGCCUGCCCGGGCAGGCCGGCAUGCCGCAGGGCCAGCCGGGCCUCCAGCCCCAACCCACCCUGCAGGGGCAGCCGGGGGUGGUGCACCCGAACCCCGCCAUGCAGAGCCUGCCGCCCAUGCAAGCCGGAGUCCAGAGGACCGGCCUGCCGCCGCAGCCGCCCCCGCAGCCGCCGCCGCCGCCGCCGCCGCAGGCCAUGGCGGGGAUGGCCCCCCAGGCCCAGCAGAUGAACAUGAAUCACUCGGGAAUGUCCCCUCAGUUCCGGGAACUCUUAAUGAGACGGCAGCAGCAGAUGCUGGAGCAGCAGCAGCGCCAGCAGCAGCAGCAGCAGCAGCAGCAGCAGCAGCAGGGAGCCGGCCCGGGGAUGGGCCCCGCCAUGGCCAACCACAGCCAGUUUCAGCAGCCCCCGAGCGUCGGCUACGCCCAGCAGCAGCAGCAGCAGCAGCAGCAGCAGCAGCAGCGGAUGCAGCAUCACAUGCAGCAGAUGCAACAGGGGACCAUGGGACAGAUGAGCCAGCUUCCCCAGGCCAUGGGGGCGGAGCCGGGAGCCAGCCUGCAGCAGGCUUUCCAACAGCGGCUGCUGCAGCAGCAGAUGGGGUCCCCGGCGCAGCCCAACCCCAUGAGCCCCCAGCAGCACAUGCUCCCCGGCCAGGCCCAGUCCCCUCACCUGCAGGGCCAGCAGAUCCCCUCGUCCCUCAGCAACCAAGUGCGCUCUCCUCAGCCGGUCCCCUCCCCGCGCCCCCAGUCCCAGCCGCCCCACUCCAGCCCGUCCCCGCGGAUGCAGCCCCAGCCCUCUCCGCACCACGUGUCCCCGCAGACCAGCUCCCCGCACCCCGGGCUGGUGGCCGCCCAGGCCAACCCCAUGGAGCAGGGGCACUUUGGCGGGCCGGACCAGAGUUCGAUGCUCUCGCAGCUCGCUGGCAAUCCGGGACUGGCCGGCCUCCAUGGUACAAGCGCCACGGAACUGGGGCUCGGCACCGACAACUCAGACUUGAACCCAAACCUUUCACAGAGUACACUAGACAUACACUAGAGAUACCUUGUAGCAUUUUGGGAGCAAAAAAAAAAAAGGAAAAAAAGGAAAAAAAAAAAGAACUUAUUUUCUCUUAACAAGACUUUUUGUACUGAAGACAAAAAAUUUUUUUGAAUCUUUCUUAGCCUAAAAGACAGUUUUCCCCAGAACACAUCCGAACUGUGCAGUAGUAACGUUGUGGUCGAAACAGGAAGCGGACAGAAAAGGAACCUGAGGGAUGAUAGAGUACAAAGAAUAUAUUUUUGUUAUGACUGGAAGUGUCCAGUCUUCCUUUCUUUUCUCUUUUUUUUUUCUUUUUUUGUUUUUUUGGGUCCCCCCCCGCCCCCCCUCGCGUGCGUGUGUGUGCCCUAGAGGUGUGGGCCACGGUAUUUUCUGAUCUCGGAUGCUCCCUCUCUGCAUCUCCAAUAGGUUUUAUUAUUUUUUUUAAAUUAAUGAAAAUAUGUAAUAUUGAUAGUUAUUAUUUACCGAGGCAGAUGGUUGACAUUUUUCCCUAUUUUUUUCCUCACGUCAUGGCGCAAAAAAAAUAGCAUUCACGGACGAACAUUUCCUAGAAAGAGGACAAAGGGGUUAAUGUUGCUUUAAAAAUACAUUCUAUAUAUAUAUAUAUAAAUAUAUAUUAAAGUACCAAUUUUUCCUCUUCGGGUGCAAAGAUGUCAAUUCUUUUAAAAGUGUAAAAAAAUGAAAUAACCCGGUCCCCCUCCUCAGAUCCACUUUUGUCCUCCAGAAAUUUUCUACGCGAAGAGUCGGAACGUAAAACUUCAAGUAUUAAAAUAAUUUGUACAUGUAGAGAAAAAAAAAUGACUUUUUCAAAUAUACAGGGGCAGCUGCCAAAUGGAUGUAGUAUAUAUAUUGUGGUUUCUGUUUCUCGAAAGAAUUUUUUUCGUUAUUUUUACAUCUAACAAAGGAAAAAAUAAAAAAAGAGGGUAAGAAACGAGUCCAAUGGGAUGAUUUUAACACACAAAAGGUCCCUGGGGUUUCUUCUUUACGCUUGCUUUCUUUACCCCAUCCCUCCCUCUUCCACUUUCUGUAAAACUUGAAGAUAGAAAGCAAAAAAACAAAAAAAAAGAAAAAAAAACCCUCAAAUGUUGUAAAUCAUGCAAUUAAAGUUGAUUACUUAUAAAUAUGAACUUUCGAUCACUGUAUAGACUGUUAAAAUUGAUUUCUUAUUACCCAUUGUUAAAUAAACUGUGUGAGACAGACA